AACGGUGCAGCGUGAAAACCGGAAAGAGCAUUCCUUCAUUCCAAGUGAGGCCAAUAAAUUGCAGAAGAAUUCAUUAUCUCUUUUGGUUUCCAUGUAUAGGUGCAUAAGCUUAUAAGCAUGUAUAAUACAGAUAUGUAUAUUACUCGAUUUUAUCGUCAUCUAGUUAUAAAACUAUUUUCCUUGAAUAAUACGACAGAAGGAAUAUAUCGUCUAGCUUUUCAAUGCUGAGAGAGAAUGUAUAAUUUUACGCUAAAAGGCCUCUGUCGAUGAUCAUUUUAAAAAUAAAUUCAUCGCUCGAAUCGGCCCGUCCCUGAGCAAUCAAUAUGGCCUCCAGGUCUACGCGGGGCACGCCAGCGUAGCGUAGUUAUUUCUCUGAAAAACUUUGGAAUAAAUGGUUUCUGUGAUAAUAUAAUUAGUCAGACUGUUGGGAAGUGCACGGGGGGUUAUUUUCACGGUCCCCGUUGGUAUAUCAGUGAUAGUAUUCAGUCAGAAAGAAAUUCUGAACGCGUGUUUCAUCGUCGUUCUAACUACUGGCGCUUUGCGGAAGACAUCGUCGUCGUUAGAGUACGGUUCGGUAGUUUGGUGUUUUAGCGGUUGAUUUGAGCACUGCCUCGAUAUCAAGAUGAGAUCUCCUUUUAAUUGUAAAGGUUCCUAGUUUCCAUUUAAAAGUUCUGCUGUUAAUAUGUCAGAGAUUAAGUGCAAGGAAGCUGCCACGAUGGAGGGUUGUCAAGAAGGGGGCGAAGAGGAAGGUAUGAUGGCUGUUGAGAGGGUCGAAGAUAAGGUCAGUAUCCAAAAGAUCCUCGAGGGUAUGACGAAUGAAUUUAACAAAAGCGUGAGUCCCGUCAAAAACACAGAAAUUAAUCGAUCGGAGAAAUCGGAUCACGAAGAGAUCGAAAAACCGGUGACAAAACCAGAUGAAAUAUUACCGAUCGAGAAGGAACCCGAUGCAGAUAGGGAUCAGGAGGCUGUCACGACGAAACAAAAUACCACCGCAGGUUCGACGGCGACAGACGAAAAUCAUAAAGAGGACGAGAAUAGUGGGAAACAGGAAAUGCUGAAAAAGGAUAGCAACGGUAUUCCUCGCAUUGUUCUUACAUUUAGAACGAUUGACGAGAAUACCGAUCACGGUAAAAAAACCAAGAUAUCAAGCUGCUCCUCCAACCUUACUUUGGUUCCUGAUGAAUUGGUAAACUGUGAUCAAAUUGGUGGUGUUUCUGUGAAGAUCGAAAACUCAGAUGAGAAUUCUGAUACCGUUGAAAAAUCAGAUUCAGAGGAAGGCAGAAUGGAAGAACCUGUUAAAGAACCUGAAAGUAAAGAACCAGAGAAGAAUGUAGAGGAAGUAAAGAAAGCAAAGGAGGAUCCUGAACCGAAAGUAGAAGAAAAAGACAUAGUUCCCAAUGAUAAAGUAAAGACUGAUGAACCAGAUACUUCUGCAGAACCUGCAGAACAAGGCGAUCAAGCAGACAACACACCUCCUGUUACUAGGAAACGAAGAACAGGACGACCUAGAUUAAGAGCACUUAGCGACCACACAGAAGAACCUCCAGGUCCUAAACGUUCAGCAAGAAGAUUAUGCAAAGAAUCAUUGAAGAGUACUGUGUUAGAAAGUGCCAUGGCAAGAAAAGAAAAAUCUAAUUACACAGAGGAGAAUUUACAAUUUAAGAAACAAAGGAAGUACAAUAAACCUGGAAGGCCUAAGAAAGUAGUUCAAGGAAAAGAUCAAAAUAAACAGGUGCAAGCUAAGCCUCCUGAUAUUCGUCAGGAUGCAGAGGCUUCCAUUAUUGAUGGGAAUAUUAGUAUCUCUGAGGUAAACACAACACUAGAAUGUUCUAGAAAUGCAACUAUGUCAGAGACUAGUGCUAAUGAGACACUCCUGGAUGAUUCUCAAAACUUCUCAUCCGAUUUCGAGGGUAUGCCAAAAUUGUCUCCUAUGAUAAAAAGUUCAGAAUCUCAGUCAAAAUUGAAUAAUUCUCUUGGGAGUCCAAUAAGCGAUGAAGUACCUUUAGCAGACAUUGAAAAACCAUUUUUAAAGCCUGCUACUGGUAGACCUAAACGUGAAAGAGGACGACCUAGAGGAAGUCAAGGUGCAAGAAAAAUAGCAAAGGCAGAUUUAUUUGAAGAUGGUUCUGCAUCUGUAGCAGAAACAGGCAAAAACAAUGACUAUCCUGAAGGUAAUAUUAAUACUUUAUACAUAUAUUCAUUAAUCAUGAAGUUAUUCAUGUAUAUAUUCUUCAUAGAAGGAACUGUACCUGCCAAAAGGACACGCAGAAGUAUGGCUCCAAGUCCUAGUCCUGCUGAAGGACAAGCCUCAAAACCAGAAUCAACAGCAAUUAUGAGUGAAACAUAUGGUCAAUCAAUGUUAUGUUUGUGCCAAGUAAGGUCGCAGUUAUAUGUGACAAUAACUGGUUCUGGGGCACCACUAUAUUGCACUGCAAUAGAUUCUAUUGACAAUAGAUUGGUAGGAUGUUGCAACGAGGUCGAUAGCAAUGAUGUUGCAAUGAGGAGACCGAGUACUCGCGUCCCUUUCAUAAUCUUGUGUCGAAUGCAUAAAGAGAGGCUCUUAAGGCAUAAUUGUUGUCCUUCGUGUGGACUGUUUUGUUCUCAAGGAAGGUUUGUACAAUGCAUUAACGGUCAUCAAUAUCACCGUGAGUGUGAAAUUUAUCCGAAUAAGAAAGGGGUAUGUCCGCAUUGUGGAAGUGAAAGUACAGCAUACGAUGUGAUGGUCACUAUGGGUGGCCUCAGAAAACCUGUGUUCAUUCCGACUCGUAAAAAAUUUUCAAAGUUACCUUCUGCAAAAAUAACUUUGCCAGGAAAAGGUGACAAUACGAAAUUGGCAGAACGUCCCCCUAGUCCUUUGAUUCCACCUGAAGUUAUCAAAACGCCUGAACCGUCUCUCAAUUCCGAGAGGCCAGAGCGUUACACUAUCAUGAGUCUUUACACUUCUGUGAAAAAUGGGGAUCUAGAGAAGUUGGUUAACGUUUUAGCAUGUGGUUAUAAUGCAAACCAUACAUUCCGAGAAUAUGCUCAUCGAACCGGACUUCACAUAGCUGCAGAUAAGGGUCACUUAUCUUGCGUACAUGUAUUAGUACAAGCUGGAGCUCAAUUAGACUUGAUGGAUAGAAAUCAGUUAACGCCUUUAAUGUUAGCUGCCAGCAAGGGUAAAGCUGAUGUAGUAAAAUAUUUAAUAAGGAUAGGCGCCGACGUUACACUGAAAGGAGAGGAUGGUAUGACUGCUUUACAUAUGGCUGCCAAAUCGGGGCAUUUAGAUGUGUGCCGAAUAAUUUUAACGGAAUGCAAAGCACCGAGAACAUUAGUAGACUCCGUGGACGAUGGCGGAUGGACGAGUUUAAUUUGGGCCUGUGAAUUUUGUCAUGCGGAUGUCGCACGAUUUUUGCUGGAUAAGAAAUGCGAUCCAUUGAUUCGGGACGCUGAACAGAACAUAGCGUUGCAUUGGAGCGCGUACAGCGGAAGUUCAGAAAUUACAGAGAUGCUUCUCAACGAAGGAUGCGACGUGAACGCUGUUAACGUUCAUGGAGACACACCUCUACACAUAGCUGCAAGACAAGAUCAGUACGCGGUGAGUGUCCUGUUAUUGGCUCGUGGUGCUAAGAUAGGCGAAGCAAAUGCAGCGGGCGAAACAGCAGUGAAUUGUUGUACAAACGAUGGGGAUACUAUGUCCGCUUUAAGAUUAAAUGCUAAGGUUAACGAACUUUCGGAACAUAUGUGGGAGAAGACAGUAAAAAUUUUAACUAAUGAUAUUUCGCGCGGCAAAGAAACGAAUCCUAUUCAGUGCGUUAACGGGUAUGACUCGGAAGAUAAGCCAACAGAUUUCCUGUACGUGACUGAGAACUGUUUUACUAGUAGCAUAAAUGUUGACCGUACGAUAACAUCUUUGCAGUCUUGUCGUUGCGAAGAUAACUGCAGUUCAGAAAAAUGUUUAUGUGGAAAUAUAAGUCUGAGAUGUUGGUACGACGAGGAAGGAAAGCUAAUUCCUGAAUUCAAUUAUGCAGAUCCUCCGAUGUUAUUCGAGUGUAAUCCGGCUUGUGACUGCAAUCGUAUAACGUGCAACAAUCGGGUUGUUCAACACGGUUUGACGCAAAGAUUCCAAUUAUUUAGAACGCAGGGUAAAGGUUGGGGUCUUAGAACAUUGCGACACAUUCCUAAAGGUUCCUAUGUGUGUGAAUACGUUGGAGAGAUUAUAUCUGAUUCUGAAGCCGAUCAUCGAGAAGAUGAUUCGUAUCUAUUCGACUUAGACAAUAGAGACGGAGAGACCUAUUGUAUCGAUGCAAGACGCUACGGGAAUAUCGCUCGUUUUAUAAAUCAUUCUUGUGCACCUAAUCUAUUGCCUGUGCGAGUGUUCGUCGAGCAUCAGGAUUUGCAUUUUCCUAGGAUAGCGUUCUUCGCGAAUCGCGACAUCGAAGCGGACGAAGAGCUCGGCUUUGAUUACGGAGAAAAGUUCUGGAUAAUAAAAUGCAAGUCGUUCACGUGUACCUGUGGAGCCGAAAACUGCCGAUACUCUGAGAAGACUAUACAAGUCACUUUGGACAACUAUCGCAGGAAAAUACAGCAAGAAGAAAUGCUGGCAGCUCAAUCAUCGUAAUUCCAAAACAAAUCUAGCUAAUUUUACGCAAUCUAUGUUAGUUCAUUAUCUUUAACGUUCUUCCUUUUUAUUACACGGAGUUUUUAAACUGGAGAAUCUCCAUAUUUCGAAUGGAAUAAACCCCGCGUACGGGGAUCAUCGAAUUGAAUUUAAUGAAAAAACAAGUACAAACGGUGGUGGGGACAAAGCGCGUUCAAUAAAUUGUUUAAAGAGAGAAAGAAAGUGUCGCGUUGCUGUUCGGGCCAACGAUGAAACGAUAUAUACUUUUCUUAUUCCAGUUCGUCGGAGGUCGAAUUGUUUAAAUUAGUUUUUGCUCGAAUAUUAUCGUACUUUCCUCUAUUGCCGAUUAAUCCCGUAAAGACGAAAUAAAACCUUUACGUGAUAUGCCACGUUGCAAUAUUUUUCUUUUUCACACAAAAUAAACGAUACGCAUAAUAUAUAUAUAUAUAUAU